CCGAGAUGCUGCUCUGCCCGCGCUGCCGCCGCCCGCUUCGGGAGCCGGUGACCACCGCCUGCGGCCAAACACUGUGCCGCCGCUGCGUCCCGGGCUGGGGCUGCCCCUUGUGCGGGGUGUCGCUACCGACCACCGCCGCUGCCGGCCGCGUCAAUGUGCUGAUCAGCGGGCUGCUGGAGCGGUGGAGGGCGGCCGGGCCCGGUAGCCAGGACACCCCGCAAACAGCGGGUACCCCGCAAACACCGGACACCGGACACCCCGCAAACACUGGGCACCCCGCGGACAACGGAAACUGCGGACACUACACACAGUCUUCGGUCAGUCUGAACCCUGAGAUGUCAGACGUGGAACCCCGGUAUCCCGAGGCCCGGGGAACCCAGCUCCGACAAUCCACAGCAGCGUGGGAACAGGUGCCGGGCGGUCGGGCCGGCAUCGAGACGGGGCUCCGGGAGGCCGGACGCUUGGAACUGGCGUGCGGGAGCACCGCGUCGGAGCCGGAGGUUUGGUGGGUGGAGCCGGAGGGAUGUCUGCAGACGGAACCGACACAGGACCCCCGCGGUGGGCAUCGUCCGGCGGGUCAUCAGGCCGUGAAGGCACCGGGCGGGCCCGCGGGAGGCCGCAGCGAGCCAGGUGAAGACGGGGCCGGCGCGGAGUCUUUCACCCCCGACCCUGCGCCGCCACAGCUCAGCGCCACCGACUUCGACUGUUCACUGUGUUUCCGGCUACUGUUUGAGCCGAUCACCACCCCGUGUGGACACAGCUUCUGCCGCCAGUGCAUGGAGCGCUGCCUGGACUACCGGCCCAGCUGCCCACUCUGCAAGCAGGACCUGCGGGAGUUCCUGGAGCAGCGGCCGUUCCAUGUCACCCCACCUCCUGCAAUCCAUCAUCGCCGGCUCUUUCUCCAUCGAGUCCGCGGCCCGGCGCCGUCUCAACCUGCUGGAAAUGAGCGAACUCUCCGGCUUGACCACCAGUGUCCCCAUCUUCGUGUGCACGUUGGCCUUCCCGGGGAUCGCGUGUCCGCUGCACGUCUUCGAGCCGCACUACAGACUCAUGAUGCGCCGCUGUCAGCAGACCGGCACCCGCUCCUUCGGGAUGUGCCAGGUUCAGGCCGACACGGGGUUUUCGGACUAUGGCUGCAUGUUGACCAUCCGUGGGAGUGAAGACCUGCCGGAUGGACGGUCUCUGAUCGACACCGUGGGUGGCCGCCGCUUUAAGGUGCUGCGACGCAGUCAGAGAGACGGCUACAACACGGCCGACAUCGAGUACCUGCAGGAC